UUUAAAGUGAUUGACACAGAAUCCGCCCAAUAGUUAUGAAGGUAACGCCCAUAGCUGAGUUGUGAUUGGUUAACUUUUUUAAUACAUAUCCCUCUCGCGCCCGUCCUCUUCCUCUUUCUUUCACGCGACCCUACUGCACGAUACAUCCUUGUCUUUAAACCAGCUGUGUAGCGAUCCUUGGAAGCACUGCAGAGAUGCCCAGGGAAGACAGGGCCACGUGGAAGUCCAACUAUUUUUUGAAAAUCAUCCAACUUUUGGAUGACUAUCCAAAAUGCUUCAUCGUGGGCGCAGACAAUGUGGGCUCCAAGCAGAUGCAGACCAUCCGUCUGUCCCUGCGUGGGAAGGCUGUGGUGCUGAUGGGUAAAAACACCAUGAUGCGCAAAGCCAUCCGUGGCCAUCUGGAGAACAAUCCUGCACUGGAGAAGCUCCUGCCCCACAUUAAAGGUAAUGUGGGCUUUGUCUUCACGAAGGAGGAUCUGACUGAAAUCAGAGACCUGCUGCUGGCCAACAAGGUACCUGCAGCUGCCCGUGCUGGAGCCAUCGCCCCUUGUGAUGUGACAGUGCCGGCCCAGAAUACUGGUCUUGGUCCUGAGAAGACCUCUUUCUUCCAGGCUCUGGGUAUCACCACCAAAAUCUCCAGGGGAACCAUUGAAAUCUUGAGCGAUGUCGGUCUGAUCAAGACUGGAGACAAGGUUGGUGCCAGCGAGGCCACACUGCUAAACAUGCUGAACAUCUCUCCGUUCUCCUAUGGACUCAUCAUCCAGCAGGUUUAUGACAAUGGCAGUGUUUACAGCCCAGAGGUGCUUGACAUCACUGAGGCUUCUCUGCAUGCCAGGUUCCUGGAGGGUGUGAGGAAUAUUGCUAGUGUGUGUCUGGAGAUUGGCUACCCCACUUUGGCUUCUGUCCCCCACUCCGUCAUCAAUGGCUACAAGAGAGUCCUGGCUGUUGCUGUGGAGACAGACUACUCCUUCCCCCUGGCAGACAAAGUCAAAGCCUUCCUGGCUGACCCAUCUGCAUUUGCUGUCGCAGCACCUGCAGCAGCUGCUGAGACUGCCGCAGCUCCAGCUGCUGCUGCUAAGGAGGAGGCCAAGGAGGAGUCUGAGGAAUCAGAUGGCGACAUGGGCUUCGGUUUGUUCGACUAAUAAAAUACAGCGAACAGAACCACAUCUAAUAAGAACAUGAUUCAAUAAAUAACGUAAGAUCCA